GUGCAAGAGUCAUAUCCACAUCCUUUUGAUCAGAUCUACUACACCAGUUGUACUGACAUCCUGAACUGGUUCAAGUGCACACGACACAGGAUCAGUUACCGUACUGCCUACAGACAUGGUGAGAAAACGAUGUACAGGCGCAAAUCGCAGUGCUGCCCUGGAUUCUAUGAGAGCAGGGAAAUGUGUGUCCGUAGAGGGCAGCAGUGCUGAUGUCACGCCAAUGUCAGCUGAGGAGAGGCAGAAGUUGUCCUCUUGCUGCAGAAGAAGAUUGCAGCUGCAGUGUUUCCCUGGGCUCUACUCCAGGUGAUCUCAGUCCCUGUGUCACCUGCAAGGCUCAGUCCUGGCAGCUGCAGGCAGAUUUGCUCUGAGGGAACUCUGUGGUGGUCCCAGGCCUUGUCGAUAGGCUUUGAGCCCUUUAUCCCAGCCCUUUGGAAUCAGUAGAGCUGGUCCUUAGGGACCUGAUUCAGGCACAGCUGGAGACUGGCUUUUGGUGCACUGAGCUCCUGAUGGACAUGGAUGGAGUUCAGAUAUCACCCCCAGGCAGGCUCACCCGCAGAUGUGCAGGACCAGGUGGAAUAUUUUGGAGAGCAAAGUGGAGCCUCUUAUUCCCCAGAGAUGCUCAGAGCAUAACUACAAGAGUAAGGAAAGGGAUGAAAGCGCAUCUGGUUAAACACAAAAUAAAAUCAGCUGCGUGGGACCCUAGCAAGGAAGGCAAGAAAACAGAAGACUGUACACUAGAAACACUCAUGUUUCUUAGAGCUAUACUUUUAUCCUACAGGAUAUACAAGUCAGAGAGAGAUUUAUUGUUUUCUAACAAAACACUUAUACGAUUUGCUUACAUCUUUAAAAGAAAUUGCAUCUUGAAUUUCAGCAGUGGUCCGUUAUGUUUAAGAUGCCUUUUUGCAGCUGAAAAUCUGGCUGAUGAGAUCAAACCCAAAGGCAUCUUCUCCCAUACCAGCACCUGUGACAGUGAUGACAGUAGGCCAGCAGGUAGGGCAUGUUUUUUAGCAAAGAAAAUAGCUCUUUUCCCCUCAUGCACCAGGGAGAUUGAAGUCAGGGUUAAAUGUCUCUAAAAUCCUCGGCUGCAACACAGGUUUAAUCCCCAAAAGCAGCAGAGAAUAAUGGGGUUAUUAAGGAAGCAGCUUAGCUCUCAGCAGCAAGGUUUAAGGCUAAAACCUCUCCAUGACUUUCUACGUGGUGUAACAACCCCAAAAUCUCCAGCCUCUCUCCCAGUUUUCCUCCUGUCUCUAAUUUUGCACUGCCCAUGCCUCAGGUGCUGAUGAAUGGAGAGUAAACUGCUGAAUGCUUCAAAACUCAGCUUCCUAGGAUCAGUCCUAAUUUGUCCAAUUUAUAACUACCACUUUUCAUGAGGAUUUCUCUUCCCACCAGCUAACUGGCUCAGAACAAAACAAAUAAUUUUUUUUCCGCAGAAUCAGAGUGGCCUGUGGAAGAAGAUGAUUUUUUUCUGGCAUAUUUUCUUUCUGAAGGAUGUACUCAGUGUGAUAGGGCAUGUGAUUACUGGGCUCUAGAGUAAUGGUGAGCUACCACAAACAGAUCUGCUGACUUCCAAAUCCUCAGUAGCUGGGUCAUGUUGUGGAAACAAAAUCUCACCUAUUUUGUAUGCAACAGUGGCUGUGCAGUUGCUCUUCAUUUUAUUCUUCCUUAUUUGCACCUGUGCUUAAUAGUGGCAUUCCUCACUUCUCUCCGUGUAGAAAACUUCCAUAAGCUUCUAGUUCUUCUUACUUAUGAAUUUGGGCAAUCUCCAGAACAUUAGCAGGCAAUUUAAUAAAAAAGGUGUAGAGAACGCAAUGAAUAGGAGAAGGCAAAAAGGAACUUGAUAUAGCUGUGUCCUCUCUACUGCCAGCUGUGUGCUUUUGUCUUCCCAAAGAGACUCUCUCCAGGACCAGGUCAACAUCCACAAAUCCCUGAAACAGAAAAUCAGGAGCCUAAAUAAUGCUCUCCCUGCUGACAAGGAAAACAAUCAAGAUGAAGCAAGGCUGAGGAAAAGAAGAACCAAAGCCUGGUUUAUGUGUUCUGAGGAGCUGUGAUUGCAAUUUUGGCAGUUAAAAGGCUUAAAGCUUUAGCCCAGUCUUCUUGUUCCUUUUUGGCCUGGACAAGGGGCUUAAAAGGAGAUGCUGGAUUUUGACUGUGUGUAGGAGAAUCCAAACGCAGGCAUAAGUUGCCAGUUUGUGAAGAGGAAGAAAUUGAUUGCUUUGAAGCACUCAGCUGGUUUCCUAGUUAAUAUUUCCAUGCUGCAAUAACCAGUUCCAUGACUGAACUGCAGAAUGUUUUUAACAAACCAAAGUCCUGGCUUUGUGAACACUUUCAAGUAGGUGCAGCCAGAAACUUCUUUUCAGGAAUUAUGGACAAGCUGAAUGUAAUAAUGGAGACAGUUCCACUGGCCCACAGCACGUGCACCACUGAUCUAGAGAAAGACUCCUCCUCUGGAGCAUGGAUUGCCUGACAGACUGUGCAGUAUGAAAAACAAAACAUCCUUGCAGAAGCCAAUAUUUGAAUUUACAGGGAGGCUUCAUGCUGCACAGAUGGAACACCACUCACUGCACCUACAACUUGCAGAAUUCAAAUGGAAUUUCAGUAAGGUGAAAAAAAGAAACUGACAAAGCCCAGAGCCUGUGAGAGCAAUUAAACAUGGUUCAGCAAAAAUUCAUCACCCAUGAGAGGUUUGACAGUGUAGGAGGAUUAAAUAAUGCAUACAUUGGAAGCAUCAGGCACAAUCACUUUUGAAUAAACAGGAGCAACAGCUACAGGAGUCAAAACAAAAAUCUAGAAUUGCACCCCAGUGAAGAAGCAGUUCAAAGCCAAGUCUUAUAUGAAACUCUAAAAGAAGCCACAUAGAGAACAUCUGGCCAUGGACUAGACCUGACAACUGCUCCUCACAGAAGGAAAAAGAAGACAACAGUGAGAAAGUCUGCAUUUUAUAACUCAAUCUUUAUUUCAGAUAUCCAAACAUAAACCUCACUUUUCUGUGAUUUGUCCAUGGAGUCAGUUGUUGUCUUACUCUCUACUUUAUUAUUUGUUUUAAAAUCACAGCUUUAUGCAUUAAAAUCUCUUGGAAAUAAUAAUGAAAAAAUAAAACAACGCACAACAUACCCUCCAUCCCCCCUUAUUUCGUUUGGCAUGAUAUAUUUUAAAUAACUACAUGACACAGAAUUAGCAAAACCACGGCUGAAAGCCAUUUCCAGAGAUAAGUCACAAAUGAGAAAUGAAAUUUUGAGACUUAUCCCAGAUAGUGUGAAAUGUUAUGGAGUUUUUAUCUCUUGCAAUUAAAACCUUCAGUCUUAAGGAUAUAUCCCAAGUACCCUGAUGGAUGUGUGCUGUAAGACAAAACCUGAGAGCAGCUCAGGGUAUCGCGGCGGGUGUCAACAAAGAGUUAAAUCAUCUGCACGCUAAGUGUGCAGACAGAGAGGAUUUAACAGGAACUUUAAAAACAGAGCUACAGAAAGUACAGCGGUGUUCAGAGAAGAAGAAAGUGCUUUUCCAGGGUACUGUAGGGUGGGGUUUUAUUCAGUUGUUUUUUGACAUAGACGCUCACACACCGGGGGCUCGAAAUAUCUCGGUUCAAGAGGUUUCACGAGAGCCUUUCCCUAACCCUGACUCCCUCCUCCUCGAGGGAAAUGCGCUCCUUUGUUCCAGAGAGCGCCCUGCUGUGAAUUCUGUGCACAGACAUUCACAACUUUGGAGCUAUUUGUUCCUCUCUCCGGCCGAAGUGUGCGCUGCCCUGAGGACUCGAGCAUCUCAGUCUGUUCGUGUCAGUCGGUCCUUUCAAUGUCCUGCAAUUUUAUUUUCCCGUCGGGAGCCCUGAAGCCCUAGAACAUGUCCGGGAGGCCGGAGAGAGCAGCGGCAGCCCCGGCAGAGCCCCGCGCUGCGUUCGGAGCAUUGUGGCAUCACCUUGCGCGUCCGUGGCAACCGUGGAGUUCUCGGCUCUAGCUGGGUGUCAGUCCCAGCUGGUCCGAGCACUUUUGUUCCUGCCGUGCCGGGAGCCGCUGCCCUCCGAGCAUCCCAGCACGUCAUGCUGGAGGAGGAGCAGCAUCCCAACAGCUCCAGGCACCGGCGGCAGGCUGUACGUUUAUAAACUUAAAAACCUGCAUUUUGACAAUCAUGAAUUCACCCUCUGCAGCCAAUAUUUCUUCUGGAGAAGCUAAUCGCUCAGGCAGUGAUAUACAAGGACCGCUGUUACCUCAGGACAGAAAUCCAUCAGAAAUGGACACCAUUGAAGAUUUGAGAAAGAAACUACAGAAGCUUGAGGAAAAAAACUUGGAAUUAACCAAUCAACACAAUCAUGAUAUGUCUCGCUAUGAAAAAGAAAUAAUGAAAUUAAGGUUGGAACUCCAGAGAGGAGAGGCACUUCUUCGAGUUCUGGAGAGUGAAAUGUCCUUUGCCAGAAAAGAUGCUCAUGUGCAGAUGUAUUCUGCCGAGGACGAGCUAUGUGAUGCAAAAGCCAAGCUGAUGGAACUGCAAGCACGAGGGAGAGGACCUAGACAUCAACGUUUUAGAUACGCGUCAGAAAGUCAGCUUGACCAGAGUCAAAGCCAAGAUUUCCGGCAAGCGCUACCUGAAAGUGACCUCAGCAUCGAGGCAAUGUGCAACAGAACCAACUCAGCGUCUGGAGCCGACUUACCCUCUGAAUCCUUUUGGCUUUCAUUUGUACCCGAAGUAACCACGUCACCUCGUGGUCCUGCUCCUGAUGUACGCUGGGGCGAGCCUAGACAGAGAACCUACACUUUUUCAGCAUCUGAGUUACCCUCUGCUGGGACAUUGUACAUAACGUGCCCUUUGUCUGGAAGCGCCAUAAACUCUGGACCCUCUCGGCUUUCAUUUGUACCCCAUGGAGUCAGUACACCACAUGGUCCUGCUCCUGAUGCACACUGGGGAGAGCCUAGAUACAGAUCCUACACUGUGUCAGGAAGUGACAUACCCUCUGGUGAGACAUUCUACACAACUUGCAGUUCUCCUGAUCGUAAGUUUCCUUUUCAAGCAGUUAGAGUCACUUGGAUAUGGGUUCCUAGGCAGCAUCUCCCUUCAUGCUGCAAAGCUUCUGUAGGCAAAUAACAACAGUAGUUAAGUGCAAAGAUAAUGGACCAGUAAAAUAAGUACUAUCAGAAACGUUCUGAGACUUGUUUCAGAGGAGAAAGGGGGUGGUGAAAGCUAACAUACGGAUGAAAAUUUUUGUCAGGGCGACUAUAAAAUUAGUUUGUUUACUGGAUUAAAAAACACACCCUAGGAAUUACAAGGAUGAGGAGUAAAAGAUGUGUGUAGAUAUUUGUAGCACUUCAAACAAAGUGCUAUUGUUUUCCAACACUUCCUAGGGCAAGAUACUUGUUCUAAUGUCCUUUGUCCAAGAAACAUUAA